CAACACCUUGAAGUGCUUCAUGAGUGCAGUGUUUCGAGCAACGCGACGGCAAGAUGUCCUUCGUGGUUGACCAAGUCAAUCGCAUUGACAGCCAGCUCGACCGGCUACAGUUGUCAGAGACAACCACCCCAGGCGACCGCUUCUCAGUGUCGCGGGAGGAAACACACGACCCCGCAAAGGCAGCACGGAUCGCACAGCUACAAUCGCUGAUCAAGAGCCUCUCCGCCGGCUCGUCGUCCAAGUCCUCUCUCGUCCCCACAAGCAAAAUCCUCUCCGUCCUUUCGCAAGCAGACAUCUCCAGCAGCUGCAGCACGUGCACGCAGCUCUCCGAACACGACGACUCAGGCGCUCUACAGGCAGAGACGUCAUAUGAACAUGAGUUGGAAUGGCUCCUUCUCAGCAAGGCUACUACACAGGCGUACGGCGAGGUGCUGAGUACCAUCCUCGAGCAAACGAUACCGUUGGAGGACGAGAUCUGGUAUUGGGAGGAUAUAUUGAAUACCUAUAGGUUCGCCGGUCUAUAUUCCGUCCAGACAUCCCCGAUUCGUCUGUGGCGAUGGUCUAUCGACAUAUAUCACGAUGUGCGCUCUAAGGGCGGGGAAUUGGCGAACGGCUGGCAACAAUUCUACGGGCUCGUCAAGGAUGCCGUGCAAGAGCGGUCUCUCGCAAACAUCCAACGUCAAGUCGUCUCGCCGUUAGCUCUAGUCAGGAGCGAGGCAAAACGCAAGCGAGAUGCUUUGAAGAGGAUACGAUUGAUGAACGCGAAUGCUCUCGGAUUGCUCUUGGGCGAAGGCUUGAGCAACGAGAGCAUUCACGAAGACGGUUUACAAACUCCAGGACGCUACGGAGCUCAGGACAAUCGGCAGCGAUGGAAGAGCACCAUUGCUAAGAACAUCGCUCUCAUGGAUGCUGUCAUUCACACGGUGAACGACGCAGACAUGUCAAUUGACAAGUUCGACGGCUCAGUCGGCGCUUACACGCAGGAAGACGAUUUCUAUGACUUGCACGACGCCUCCUCCGAUCGAUCAGUUGCAUCUCUCCGCCCGACAGACGUUGCCGAGCGUCUACAGUAUACAUUGAACCAGGCCUUGAGCAAAUACUCGACCACCUUCAGCACCGCAGUCACUACCAAUGGCCGCCCCUCGCUGCUCGUACGCUAUUGGCUCCCAGCAUCCGUCUUCCUCAUUUCAUCGACCACCAUCCUCCGAAUUGUCAUAAACCGCAAGGAGGAAAUACUAAACUGGGUCCGCGAGUUCGGCCAGACGGUCAUCGACUUCUGGUCGAACUGGGUCGUCGAGCCCUCAAAGAAAGUCAUCGGAACAAUCCGCCACGACGAGGGCAGCGAAGUCUCCAUCCUCAGCAAGAGAAGCCUGGAAGGCGAUCGCGCGAGCUUGGAGCGAAUGGUCGUCGACUUCGCGGUCGCGAACCCAGACGGCCCCGCGCUCAACGACACCCAAAUCGCCGACAUCCGCGCUAAAGUCAGAGAGGGUGACCUCACCCCAGUACUAAAAGCCUACGAGCAAGACAUGCAGAAGCCCGUCAUGGGCGCCAUCCGCGGCAACCUGAUCACCGCGCUGCUCAUCCAGAUCCAGAAGACGAAAGUCGACGUCGAGGUCGCGAUGAGCGGCAUCGACAGCAUUCUCAAGAGCCAGGAACUCCUCUUCGGCUUCAUCGGCCUCACGCCUGGCGUCCUCGUCUCCAUUGGGACCUACCGGUGGUUGCGCGGGAUGUUCACCAACCGUAGCAGCGUCCGCAAGUGGGCACGAGAGGGCCAACUCCUGCUCAUCCUGAGGAAUAUCCAUCGCAUCCUUGUCGCCGCCACUCCAACUGACUUCGGGGAACUUUCAUACAGAGAUCACGGGCUUUUGCUGUGCGAGGUGCACCUCCUCAGACAGGCUGCGAGUGGGAUUCUCCCUCGUCGCAUCUUCCACGACUUCUUGAGGGAGGUGGAUGAAUUGGUGGAUGUGAGGUCUGGACUCGUGCGCCAGAAGGAGGUGGUGGAGCGGAUACGCUGGGCUUAUUCAAAAUGGUUCACAUGAUAAUAGCAUUUAUUGUCGUCGUUAUUGACGAAUUCUCUAAAAGAAACGCUCUCAAAGCGUAGCCUACCUGGUGUCUGUAUCAAUAGCAAUUGGACCAAAAGAAAUUAAUCCC